AUGUCUUUUCGAAAGCGCAAUGUAGUUAUCGGCACUGCUGGGUCUUCAUCGCCUACUGCUCGACAAGAGAAGUCUCUUGCGCCUGGAACAAGACCGUCGCCGUUAGAUGGACGUUUGACGACAUCAACGGGUACACAAUCGCUAGACCAACUGCUAUCAGGCCAUGCCGGAAUGCCUAUGGGGACUUCCCUGCUUGUGGAAGAGACCGGGACCACGGACUUUGGAGGUGUACUUCUGCGAUAUUAUGCUGCUGAAGGGCUUGUCCAAGGACACCAAGUCCACCUCCUAGGUUUCGGUGAUGCAUGGAGGAGGGAGCUUCCUGGUCUCGGCAGUCCAGACGGAGCGAAGAAGAACGCCAAAUCCAGUUCAUCCUCAGACGAAAAGAUGAAAAUUGCCUGGCGUUAUGAGACACUAGGGCAGCGUAACAUUCCAACUCGAGAUUCUCAAACACCAACAAGCCCUGGACAAGUGACAAGUACUUUCUGCCAUGGUUUUGAUUUGACCAAACGUCUUGAGAGUAACGCUAUCAAGGGCCAGUUGCACGCAUCGCCAGUGGAAGGUCCCUUGGCUUCUCCGACAAAUACGCCAUUUCAUAAAUUUAUCACUGAUGUGAGCUCCAAGAUUAAGAACUCACCACUCUGUACCGUUCAUCGGAUUAUCGUACCCAGUCUUCUCUCGCCUACACUCUACAACUCUGCCGCCAGCCAGCCAAAGGAAAUUCUCAAAUUUCUCCACGCUCUCAGAGCACUCCUUCGGCAAUUCCCAACUCAAGUUACAGCAUUUGUGUCAAUUCCUGUGACAUUAUUCCCGCGCUCUACAGGACUAACGCGGUGGAUGGAGUUGCUAUGUGACGGUGUUCUCGAGCUGAUUCCUUUGCAACACCAAGCCCCAGUCAUCCGGGAACCUGGCAGUGACGAUAAGGGACAGGGACUGCUCCGCGCCCACAGUCUACCUGUGUUCCAUGAGAAGGGCGGCGGCCUUGAAGGCACCUGGAACCGGGAGAACCUCUCCUUCAAAUUGAGUAGUUCCAAUGGGUUGGUAAUUACACCAUUUAGUCUACCACCAAUUGGAGAUGAGGAAGAAUCGAGCAUGCCAGCCAAGCCCAGCGAGGCCAAGAAGGAAAGCCUGGAUUUUUGA